UGUUGCAUCAACAUACAGGACUGGAACUAUCUACUUUUUAAUAAUUGAUCAUGACAAAUAUAGCAAUGCCCAGGAUGCUAAGCUUGCAUAUCCAAUCAACUUUUUUGGGGCCAGUUUUCCAUUAUAUAUCUCAUAAUUAUAAAGCAUGGAAAAAUAAUCAAACUGAAUCACUUUAAUGACAUUUCACAUAGUUUAAUUACAUCUGUUGUAAUAAAAUUGGAUUGUCUUGUGCAUGACCCACCUCUAUGAUUACGAAAUCAAACAGAAAAGCAGCCCGGGCUGCUGAUGGACAUGAAGGCAUGGUGCUGCAGGAGUGGAAAGACUCCCUUAUCCGCGUGAGAAGAGGGUGGGCAGUUACUAGAAGAGUUGACAAAAGUCUGCACUGUCCAGACACCUAACCCCAGCUACCCCUGCCUCUCGCUCGGACUCACACUUGCUCUCUGUGCUCCUUCAUUACCGUAGCAGUCUAUAGAGUCCGGCCAGGAACCAUGGGCGUCUGCAGCAAUUCCAGCGGUUUAUCUCAGCUCGUCUUCAUUGGUGCUCUGGCUAUCUGCAUGGCUUUUGUGCAGUCAGAAUCAGUUGCUGAUUCCUCCCCUACACUGCAGAAUGAUAACCAGGACACACUAUCUGGCGCUGGAGGCUUCGAUGUGACAACAAAAGUCCCUUUACAAGACACCGCAGAUAAUGGCUACACCUUUGAUUAUGAGGAUGGUACCCCCUCAAUAACUCUGGAUGUGGAAGAAGUUGUGCUGGGGCCUGGUGCCAUCACAGCUAUCGUCAUCGCCGUGUUCCUUGGAGCCUCUGUUCUUCUCGCUCUUAUUGUGAUCACACUCAGAAAGUUCACUGCCUCUUAAGAAGGGACAUUGAUGUUUGCAUUUCCUCUACUUCCCAGUCCCAUCUCUUCUUUUUACUGUAUUUUCAAGUGUCUCAUUGGUGGCAGGUCCUUCGUGAAAUGGAUGCUCUUCACUGAGUUUUGUGAUUUCUUUCUCCUCUCAAACUCAAGUCAGAGAAAACCAGGCUAAGGCUGAACAAAAGGGUAACUGCAAUCAAGGGAAAUUUUGGUUACAUUUGUUUGGUGACCAUAUAUUCAUUUUUGAUAUCCUCUUGUAAAAAGGUUUAGAAUUAAAUAUUUAAAGAAGGUAGAAUUAUUAUAUUAAAGUCACAUUUUAAGAUAAAGUU